AUGCCGCUGUGGAAUGACAGGCAUCUAAUCACUUACCUGCGGGCUGAGUUAGAGAAGGAAAUCCAACGCAUGGACGACGAGGACCCCGGGAUGGGCACGCCGAUCGAGCUCGAGUUCGCCCCAAUGGACACCAAGUUGCUUCCCGAGUGGCUCGAUUCAGCUACGGCAUCGCCGCCAGCAAUGAAUCCAUGCCCCGGAAGCAGCUUGCCCGUAAUCAAUCCGCCACGCUUCAUUCUGCAAGACACCGACUUCGUCGAGCACGGCAUCAAGGGGGCCGCCAUCCACAUCUACCAAGCGCAAGAGUCUGCCAUUCAGCCAAAUAACAUGACCUGGCUGUGCAGCCUGGUAUGGGACAACAAAGGUUUCAACGCCUUGAACUGGCAUUCAAGAACAACCCUCCCUGCCUCGUCGAGCUUGCUGUGGACUGUGUAG